AUGAUCCGAACUCACGAUCUUUGCAGCAGACCCUUGUCUCCUGGUCUCAGGUCGCCCCUCCUCUUUCCAGCACGAGGAGAGGAAUUACCAGUUUCCUGCCUCGAAGAAGUGAAGGCAGCCAUGGCGUCAGGCCUGACCAGUGUUGUUGUGCUGGCCGUAUGUGUUUUCCUAACCCCUGGUGUAUCUGCAGAGAGAAGCAACUGUGAGUCCUACAGAGAUGCAGCUAACGUGUACCACUCCUCCCAAUCUUGCUUCACAGGAUUCUGCUGUGGUUCAUGCUCGAACAGAUACUGCUGUCACAAUUCUUUCUGGCGGCUUACAGAGGAUAAACAAGAACAAUGUGAUCACGACUUUUUCAUCUCUGACUCACCUCUGCCCAUGGUCUUCGGAAUUGGUACCUUAGUCAGUGUUUUGCUCAUCUUCAUCUGCUGCUGUGUCUGCCCCUGCUGCUGCCUGUACAAGAUGUGCCGAAAACCAAGACCUGUGAUUGCUACCACCACUCACACCACAGUGGUCACCUCUGCUCCUCAGCAGUACCCCCAGCAGCCAAUAGCUGGAGCUGCACAUCCUCAGUCCUACCAGAGUGCCCAAUAUCCGCCCUACCAGCCUAUACCUGUGCAGCCAGGUUUCGGGGCCCAACCAAUGCCACACGGCUAUGGAGCUCAGCCCAUGUCGACAUCACCCUACCAUGGACAACCAUUCACAGCAGCACAGCCGCCAACAUACCAAGAAGCCAUCGGUCCUUGCUACCCUCCCAACCCUAUGCCUUACAGCCAGGCUGCAUACAAUCCCAGCCAGCCUGCGUACCCGCUGCAGCCUCCUGUCCAGCCGCAGGCCAACGCUCCGCCUGGACGGGCAGACUACCUCGGCCAACCGGCAUACAACCCGGACUUUGUUGCUCCCCCACCCAAGACCGGAUAACUGACCACCACAGUGCUAAACUCUCAGCCACUUUAAAUGUGCUGCAACAUGUUUGAACUAGGCAGAGCUGCAAAUGUGUCACAAGAUGAUGAUGCUGGAGAACAUCUGCUCUGUUGAGAAGUUGCCAAGUGAUAAUGUUGAUUUCUCUUAGCCUGUAUUGCAUAGACUUACAAUACACAAGAUGUGCGAUUGUUUUUUUUUUUAUUAUUAUUAUUGCUUGGUGGCUCUAUCAUAGUCAGCUUAGUUAAUAACAUAAAACCACCGAGUCUGAUUUUAAGGUUAGAUGAAGUGCGUUAGACUUUUCUGGCCUUGUGAACGUGCCUCAACAUCUCCUUCUUAGUUCGUGUCUGUACAACUCACUGGCUGAACCUGCCUGACUUCCUGACUUCUUGAAGUCCAUUCAAUCUUUUUUCAUUAACUUUUUCAAAAUGUAUUCUUCUCUGGUCUUUUUGUUAUACAUAUAUUGCUUUGUAUGUUUACAUCAGAACAAAUCAGUUCUGAGUGUGUCAUUAUAAGCAUGGACGCCUGGUUUUGUUCAUUAGUGGAGGAGCAAAAAUGGAAACAUAUGGAACGGAAAAAACGAUUUAAAGCUCCUGUGAGGAACUUACAGUUUUUCAACAGAAAUUAUCAAUGGUUUGCUAUUGUAGAUAAUAUAGAGGCCUCAGUAUAACAUUUGGUCUGUUUCAUAACCAACUAAAAGCUCCGCACUGUCGCUUUAAAAGAAGUUUCCAAUCCUAUUUCAUCAAAGGCAAGAAAAAGCUAUCUGCACUACUCAUGCAGUUGUUCUCUUUCGCUUCCAAAAUAAUAAAAUCCUCAGGAGUAAAGCAAAAAAGUAUUAGAUAUACUGCAGAAAAAGAGCAGGCUCUUUGACUGAGGAUCUUUACUGCAAAGAUUGCCUGAUAAAAUAUUUUUUGAAAAGUAAAAAAGUAGGAUAGAAAAUGAAUGAUUUUUACCCCCUUUGGUUGAAUAAUUGGGAUAUAUUUCCAUUCAUUUGCUCCAUCAAGCAGGCAUCUAUGACUGUCAAUAAACUACCAUCAUUCAGAGUUUCAACAGAAAGAAAAGUGUGAUUAGAGGAAAAAGGGAAUUAGCGUCAUGUCAUAAAAAAAACAGGAAAAGUUCACUUUAAUUUUUUUUUCCGUAUAAAAGGGAGAUUUCAUUUCUUUCAGUAAUGUUUUCAUUUUUUCUCAGGUUCUCAUUCAUUGUUUUCAUUUUGCUCAGAGUACAGUGUGUAGCCGAGGUGAAAUGCCCCACAAGCUUUGAAUGAAAUAACCAAAGGAGAUUCUUUUCAUGUUCACAUAGUUGUAUCAUUGUUCCAAAAUGCAGGAAAUAACUGUGCCUUCAGUGUCUUUUUAUCCAACUAGCAGUCAAUGUCAUUUGCAAGAGUUUAAAAUCAAACUUUCUAGUUCCACAUUCUUGUGUGCUGUUACUUGUACUUGUGUUACAUUUAUCAUAAAAUCUUCAAUUUACCUGAAGUUGAAACAUUUCUGCCAUCAAAUUGGGUUGCCCUGCAACUUGAAUUACUUCAUUUACAACCCAAAUUAGCAUGUAGUGAAUCUAUAUGUAGUUGUUUUUCUCUGGGGAAAAAAAAUCACCAUUGCCUUAUUAGCCUGUAUAAGUUUAACAGUGUGGUUUCAAUUUUUCUAUCUUACAAAAACUAAACUAGGAAGCCUUUCUUGCUCUGCUAUUUCAUUUCACCUUUUUUUCUGCACCAAGCUGAACAUGACAGCUCAGGUGACAAGACAGACUUUAAUCUUUUGAGCUGCACUGUUUCAACUUUUUUGGUUUGUUGUUUUGAAGUCAUUUGAUUGUGGUCAAAAAAUAGAGUACAUUGUCCUUUAUUUUUUGUUAUAGGGACAGGUUUCAGAAUGCCUUUCAGUCACAUCUAUGCUGUGGCUUAUUUUAUUUGUUUCUAUUGACACAAGAUACCAUAAGUCAGCUACUGAAAGAGUCCAGGCUAAUGUCAUGCAUGUCUUUUAUUUUUGAGGAAUGUUCACGUGUUUCCUACAUUGACCAAGCAAUUUGUCUGUGAACCUCAUUGUAGGCUUGGCUUUUGUCUGUCCUUCUACAUUUGUUCUGCCUGUAAUUUCAGUCAUCCGGCCAGUGCUGACUCUUCAAGUUUUAGAAGUUUCUUUAUUUGUGGAUUUGUGGAUUGUAGCCAUUUGUGUCCUUUAUGAAAGAAAUACCAGCAUAGGUUUAUUCUUGUUUAAUUUGUGUUUCUCGUCCUACAAUUGAUGCAACUGCUAAAAUAUAAUGUAUGUACAUGCUUUUAUUUUGUUUAAAAAAAACACACCAUUUCUUCUGCAGUGUUCAAUAAAAAAAAUAUUUCUUUCCCCCAA